GAAAACGGGACAGGGGACAGAGGAAAGCCGACAGAGGGAUCCGUUCCUCAGAGUGGGUUUGCUGAGUCGCACCAGUGGACUUCAGGCGUCGGUAUGUCAAAGAAGGUCAGUGCCGAGGAGAUGGAGGAGAUCAGGGAGGGCUUCAAGAAAGUCGACAUCGACGGUAACGGUUUCAUCUCUGCUGCUGAACUGGGAAAUCUCUUCCGGGAGGUGGGAUGUCCGUUGCCUGGAUACCAGAUCAGAGAACUCCUCCAGAAGCUGGACCGAGACAAGGACAGCAAAAUCAGCUUAGAGGAGUUCACGGCUAUCUUCCAGGAGAUGAAGGACGACCACAUGGCUCAGGGUUUCAGGAAAGCCCUCAACAAGAAAGAAGGCAUCGUGGCCAUCGGUGGGACCAGUGAGAUCUCCAGUGAAGGGACUCAGCAUUCAAUCUCUGAGCAGGAGCGCUUCGCCUUCGCCAACUACAUCAACUCUUCGUUGGAGAAGGAUCCAGACGUCAAACACGUUCUGCCCAUCAACCCCAGCACUGGAGCUCUGUUCAAAGCCGUGGCAGACGGCAUCGUGCUCUGUAAACUGAUCAACCUGUCUGUUCCUGACACGAUCGAUGAGAGGACCAUCAAUAAAAAGAAACUGACUGCUUUCACCACACAGGAGAAUCUGAACUUGGCUCUGAACUCAGCCUCAGCCAUUGGCUGCCAGGUUGUCAACAUCGGGGCUCAAGACCUGAAGGAGGGGAAACCUCACCUGGUGCUCGGACUCCUGUGGCAGAUCAUCAAGAUCGGGCUGUUUGCUGACAUAAAGCUAAGCCGCAAUGAAGCUAUUGCAGCGCUGCUUGAAGAAGGCGAGAGCAUGGAGGCGCUGAUGAAACUCAGUCCUGAGGAGCUGCUGAUGCGCUGGGUCAAUUUCCAUUUGAAGAAAGCUGGCCUGUCCAUAUCAAACUUUUCUGGAGACAUCAAGGACUCCAAGGUUUACUUCCACCUGCUGGAGCAGAUCGCUCCAGAUGGCAGCAAAGAGGGCGUUCCUCGGGUUGAGAUCGACAUGAGCGGCCUCUACGAGAAGGACCUGAAGAAGAGAGCUGAACUAAUGCUGGUACAAGCCGAGCGUCUGGGCUGCCGACAGUUUGUAACCGCCACCGACGUCGUGACAGGAAAUGCCAAACUCAACAUGGCCUUUGUGGCCACGCUCUUCAACAAACACCCAGCUCUCACCAAACCAGAGAACCAGGACUGGAACCUUGAAAGUGAGACCAGGGAGGAGAGGACUUUCAGGAACUGGAUGAACUCUCUGGGCGUCAGUCCACACGUUCAUCACAUCUAUGGGGAUCUGCUGGAUGCCUUGGUGAUUCUGCAGCUUUAUGAAAAGAUUAAGGUGCCAGUGGACUGGAACAACAGAGUCAACCUUCCUCCAUUCAAGGGAGUGGGAGGAGGCCAUUUAAAAAAGAUUGAAAACUGCAACUAUGCCGUGGAGCUGGGGAAGAAAAAAGCCGGUUUCUCUCUGGUGGGAAUCGCAGGACAAGAUCUGUACGAAGGAAACGAGACUCUAACCCUGGCACUGGUCUGGCAGCUGAUGAGGAGGUACACUCUAAAUGUGCUGGAAGACCUCGGACACGGAGAAGUUGCUGGAGAUGAUUUGAUCAUUUCGUGGGUCAACAAGACUUUAACUGGAGCUGGAAAACAUUCGACCAUCAAAAGCUUUAAAGACAAAUCGAUCGGCACCAGUCUUCCAGUUCUGGACCUGAUUGAUUCCAUCCAGCCUCAGAGCGUGAACUACGACCUGGUGAGGAGAGACGCUCUGUCGGACGAAGACAAGCUCAACAACGCAAAGUAUGCCGUCUCCAUGGCGAGGAAGAUCGGAGCUAAAGUCUACGCCCUGCCUGAGGACCUGGUAGAAAUCAAUCCCAAAAUGGUGAUGACCAUCUUCGCCUGCCUGAUGGGGAGGGGGAUGAAGAGGGCUUAAAGGAGCAACACAUGCACGCACACACACGCGCAUGCAUGUGACUGACCGUCUUCACCUGUUCAGGUGUGAAGACCUCAAACAUGGCGGCACUGUGGCUGGAACAGACGCGCGUCUGUCCGUGUAUGAGUUUGAACAGAGACGACAGCAAAGUGCCACAAACAUAGUUUUAUCCUCGUUUCUCUUUUCCCACCAGUUUCUUUACCUCAGUGCUCCUCAUGCCCCAGUAUGAGAAUUUAUCCUGUUUAAGCCUUAAUAGCCUCUAAUGGAAACAUUUAGUCUUUUCAUGAUAUACGACCAAAGCUGUGCUCCAUUUAUCGAAAUUCCAUAAACCACAAUUAAACUGAUGGAUAAUAAAGCCUUUAUUAGAUGUUCAAGAGAUUUAAGUGAUUUUAAAAAAACAUCCCUAAUAACCUAAAUAAAAAAUCUUUUCAUUAUACUUCAGUGUGUUUUAGUUAAACAGAAACCAGAUAAACUUUAUAAGAGCUCCCAGUGAGACAGAAGCGGGGUAAUAUUUAUCUAUGCAAACGUUUCUUUAACCCUCGUAGCUUCAGCUUCCUUCACUUUCAACUCAUUAGUGGAAAAAAAGUCCUCUCCCAUAAACUGCUGCUACAGCAUAAUGAUGCUCAGAUUUUUCAGUCAACUUCAGUCUUAAUCAAAACAUCAAAUAUAUAAUUGUUCUAAUUAUUUAACUCUUUAAAUGACUAUUUGAUUACAUGAUGCUGUAUUUGGGGGAAAGAAAAAAAAUAUUAUUUUUCAUAUAAUACAUGUUGGGCAGCUUUUUAAAUUUUAUUUUAUUUUAUUUUAAGAUCGGUCUUUAAACAGGAUUAAAGUGAGUAACAAGAUUUUGAUGCAUUGUUAGUGUUUUUUGGAGCAUCAGAUUUAUAGUUUACUACACUUUUGGAUGUAAACAUCCCCACCCAAACACCAAAAAACAUUUACAUGCAUGCAAACAUUAAAGAUUCAAUCUUUUAUAUAUUUAAGACUGAUUUUAAAAAAAAGAAAAGAAAUCCUGUAAAUGUAUUAAAUGGAAAAUAACUAAUUUAGUUCUUUUAUAUAUAAAAACAGUGAGAUCAUGUGAUCAGAUUGUCAUUAAAAGGCUUAAAAUGAUUUCACUAAUUCCAUAUUUGGUGUUGUGAUAAAAAUGAAGCUGACUUUGAAAAAACGUAUUAAUCUAAAGCGCUUUGAAUGGUCUUGUACAUUAAAUGUGCUAUAAAUAAAUUUUCCUUUGCUUUGCCUAAUCUGUAAUGUUUUUAUAGCUGUUUUUGGGAGAGACUUUUUGUCUGUUAAUCACCUGAAAGGGAAAGUUAUUUCCAUUAACCUGAAAGAAAAGUUUAAAAUCUGUUUUCUAAAGACUUUUUUUUAUAAAAAAUGUCUCGUCUAAAAUGGAUGGAAAAUGUCCUGAAUGUACAGAAACGUCCCUGAAGACGUUUAAGGGUUAAAACAUCUGAAACGUUUCAGCUGCUUUACGCAGGUUUACACUGAUUUACUGGGACUGUAAGUCGGGAACAUGCUGACCCCCGUUUAUGUGAAGUGUUGUCUGGAAACUAAAAUUAUAACUGUUGCUGAUUUGACUUUGUUCUAUAAAGAAUAAAACCUGUAGUCCCGGAUCAGAUCUGGACUAAAUGUGUGGCUACACGAGUAUUUUUCCCUCUUCAUCCUAAAUAUUUACCAUUUUGUUCUGUAUUUGCUGAAGAAUCCAGGAAUAUCUGUAAAAGUCGAUGUGUACAAUCAGAUCUGUUCAAUAAAAGCAGUUUUUCAUACAUGG